UUGAAUCAUAUGUAAAAUCACUCGGACAACCAAAUUUGCUUGACUUGGUUGCUCUUCCAACCUCUGAAGAUGUUGGUAUGGCAGAGGUUGAGGAUCUGAGACCAUCUAAGAGAAAAGUUAUCUACAGUGAGCACAAACCUAUGUCAGAAAUUACUUCUGGUCUGCAUCGUGGGAUAUACCAUCAAGGAAAACUUCGGGUUAAUAGAUACAAUCCUUUUGAGGCUUAUGUGGGGAGCGAGAGCAUUGGUGAUGAAAUGGUUGUACAUGGCCGGGCAAACAUGAAUAGGGCUUUUGAUGGAGACAUAGUUGCUGUGGAGGUCUUGCCUCAAGACCAGUGGCAUGAAGAGAAGUCCUCGAUCAUUGCUGAUGAUGAAGAUGAUGAGGAAGAAGAUGUCCACUUGGUUCCAAGUAGUGCUGACGAUGCUCCACGGAAUACAAAUCUAGUACAGCCUGCUGCUGCAUCUGCAGCUUCUACUUCUAGUCGUCCAGCUGGGCGUGUUGUUGGCAUUAUAAAGCGCAAUUGGCACUCUUAUUGUGGAUCUUUGGAGCCAAUGCCAAUGCCUGCGGGUAAUGGUGGUAUAGCCCAUGCUUUAUUUGUUUCCAAAGAUCGCAGAAUUCCGAAGAUUCGGAUUCAGACUAGACAGCUUGGGAAUCUUCUGGAUAAAAGGAUUGUUGUUGCUGUUGAUUCUUGGGAUUGUUUGUCUCGAUAUCCAUCAGGACACUAUGUGCGGACCAUAGGAGAGAUUGGUGAUCGGGAUACUGAAAGUGAGGUGUUGUUGAUUGAGAAUGACAUAAAUUCAAGACCUUUUUCUGCACAAGUUCUUGCUUGCUUACCGCCAUUACCAUGGACAUUAUCUUCUGAAGAUUUGGCUAAUCCUAAGAGACAGGAUUUGCGGCAUGUAAGGGUCUUUAGCGUGGACCCUCCUGGAUGCAAGGAUAUUGAUGAUGCAUUACAUUGCACAUCUCUUCCAAAUGGAAAUUUUGAAGUGGGAGUUCAUAUUGCUGAUGUUACAAAUUUUGUUCUUCCUGGUACUCCUCUUGAUGAUGAGGCUGCACAGAGGGGUACAUCCGUUUAUCUUGUUGAGCGGCGGAUUGACAUGCUUCCCAAGCCUCUUACUGAAGACAUAUGUUCUCUUCGUUCUGAUGUGGAAAGGCUGGCAUUUUCUGUCAUCUGGGAAAUGACACCUGAAGCAGAAAUUAUAUCUACAAGAUACACCAAGAGUGUAAUAAAAUCCUGUGCUGCAUUAUCUUAUGUAGAAGCUCAAGCCAGGAUGGAUGAUAGCCGUUUGAUGGAUCCAUUAACCACUGAUCUGAGAAAUUUGAACUCAUUAGCAAAGGUUAUGAGACACCAACGUAUUGAAAGAGGAGCUCUUACUCUUGCUUCCGCAGAAGUCAAAUUCCAAAUUGAUACUGAAACUCAUGAUCCUCUAGAUAUUGGCAUGUAUCAAAUUCGAGAGGCAAAUCAAAUGAUUGAGGAGUUUAUGCUCGCUGCCAAUGUUUCAGUUGCAGAAAAGAUUUUGAAACAUUUUCCUUUGUGCUCCUUGUUAAGGCGCCAUCCUAUCCCAACCAAAGAGAUGCUUGAACCAUUAUUGCGCACAGCUGCUGCUGUUGGCCUGGAUUUGGAUGUUUCAUCUUCAAAAGCACUUGCUGAUUCACUUGAUCAUGCGGUGGGUGAUGAUCCAUACUUCAAUAAGCUGAUCAGGAUUCUAGCUACUAGAUGCAUGACUCAGGCAGUCUACUUCUGUAGUGGAGAUUUAAGCCCCUCUGAAUAUCACCAUUAUGGACUUGCAGCAGCUCUUUAUACUCAUUUCACCUCUCCUAUACGCAGAUAUGCAGAUGUCAUUGUUCACAGAUUGUUAGCUGCAGCUCUAGGAAUUGCCAAGCUUCCACCAAUUUUUAUGGAUGGUCCACAACUUACAAGCAUCGCUGACAAUUUGAAUUACCGUCACCGAAAUGCCCAGAUGGCAAGCCGAGCCUCAGUUGAGCUCCACACACUAAUAUAUUUCAGAAAACGGCCAACCGACACAGAAGCCAGGAUAGUGAAGAUAAAGUCCAAUGGUUUUAUAGUUUUCAUUCCCAAGUUUGGUAUAGAGGGGCCGGUAUACUUGAUGCCAAGGGGAGAGAAAGGAGGUGAUUGGGUGGUAGAUGAGGUGCAUCAAAGAGUGACGAGGACAGGGACGAACAUCAGUUAUGGUAUCUUGAACACCGUCAGGAUUCACAUGGAAGUGGUGGAACCUCAGCCGAGCAGACCCAAGCUUGAACUCACACUUAUAUAGGGAUACAUGUAACGUUACUCCUCUCGCUUGUGUUCUAGCAUUUAUUUUUUAUUUUUAAGUUUAUUAGGCAACGCUAUUUGUUUUCCUUUAUUUAUUUUAUCAGGUUAUUGUAAGAUUUUGAUUUUAUAAGAAAGGAUAUGUACCAUAAUAUUAGCGAAAUCUAGUCUAGUUGCUGUCAAUGUUCAGAUUUAUGCUCAUUGAAUCAUGCUGCA